AUGAUUGUGACAAGAGACACUCCCUUGCCAGUUGUUGGGUGUCCUACCCCCUCACCAGACCCUAGCAUGGGGUUCAGGAUCUCCUUGUGCCUUGACUCCAGGGUCGCCAGGAUGCAAAUGUCAAGUAUUAGGGUCAGCACCGAGGAGGGACAGAGAGAACCAGAGCUCGAAAAGUAUGACAGUAAUCAGAGGCUGAAACUGAGAAGUGAGGGCUGGCUCCAGCCCCAGAAUGAGAUGUGGUGUUUGCAGGUUUCUGGGGUCAAUUUGAGUUCAGAAAGCCACUGGAUUUGUAGGUGGCUCUCAGUCGAGGCUCUGGUCUCCCAUAAGUCCUACGAUCACACCUUGAGAAUGAGUUCUAACCUCUUAUCAAUUCCUCCAGUCCCAGAAAACCUUCCCUCUUUAGAGCAUCUAUCGAAUCUUCCUCUCCUUACCCCCCUACUACUUUUUCCUGACCUUGCCUGGCUGUCUCUGCUUUUCAUAAUUCUCUGUGCAGUGGUCCACUGA